ACACAAGGCUAGAUAAUUGUCAUCCACGCCGACUAGUGCAGGAGCAGAGCGGCAUAAGUACAGCCGAGGCUUUGGGACGAAAAUCAUCCACGUCGCUGGUUCAAACAGAGAAAACAUCCGUGAACUGAACACAGGAGCUCAUUUUGCAUCAUGGAGCAGAAACAAACCAUCAACUUUGGUGCUGGACCUGCAAAACUCCCCCAGUCCGUGCUGCUUCAAGCACAGAAGGAGCUCCUCGCCUACAGUGACACUGGGAUUAGUGUUCUUGAGAUGAGUCACCGAUCAUCAGACUUCAACAAGAUCCUGAACAAAACAGAGAGUCUCCUGCGAGAACUGCUAAAUAUCCCAGACAACUACAAGGUGAUGUUUCUGCAGGGCGGCGGGUCUGGACAGUUCAGUGCUGUUCCUCUCAACCUGAUCGGCCUCAAAGAGGACAGGUGUGCCGAUUACCUGGUGACUGGAACAUGGUCAGCAAAGGCGGCAAAAGAAGCGGAGAAAUAUGGGAAAGUCAACAUUGUCCACCCAAAACUGGAUUGUUACACGAAAAUCCCCGACCCCAGCAGCUGGACCCUGAACCCCUCAGCAUCCUAUGUAUAUUACUGCUGUAACGAGACCGUCCACGGUGUGGAAUACAACUUCACACCGGAAACGAACGGAGUGGUCCUCGUCAGUGACAUGUCUUCAAACUUCUUGUCCCGACCUGUGGAUGUGUCGAAGUUUGGGCUCAUUUUUGCUGGAGCUCAGAAGAAUGUGGGCUGUGCAGGAGUAACUGUGGUCAUCGUGCGAGAGGACUUGUUAGGCCAUGCUCUGAAAGAGUGUCCCAUUGUCCUGGACUACAAGGUGCAAGCUGAAAUGAACUCCCUGUACAACACACCGCCUUGUUACAGUAUUUACAUCAUGGGUCUGGUUCUGGAGUGGAUUAAAAACAACGGUGGCAGCGCUGCUAUGGAGUUGCUCAACAAGCAGAAAUCCUCCAUGAUUUAUGACAUCAUCAACGCUUCUAAUGGUUUCUAUGUGUGUCCUGUAGAUGUGACUUGUCGAAGCCGCAUGAAUGUACCAUUUCGUGUGGGCAAAAAGGAGGGAGAUGAAGCCUUGGAGAAGAAGUUUCUGGAUGGCGCAUCCAAACGUGGAAUGAUAUCGCUGAAAGGACACAGGUCAGUUGGGGGAAUUCGUGCAUCUCUGUACAACGCUGUGACAUUGGAGGACACUGAAGCUCUGGCCGCCUACAUGAAAGAAUUCCAGAAAGAACACCAAUAAAACGGGACCUGUGAAAUGUCAGCUGAUGUCACACAGUGAUCUUUCAUUAUUUCAUCACACUACAGUUUUAAAAAGCCUUCUGAAUGACCUCUAGCUGAGAUCCAUGUUGGAUCUGAAAGGCACACCUUUUAGAUGUGUUUUGUAACACCCGUUUGUUGUUCCUAAUGAGCUUUAACCCCCCACUGCCAGCAACGUCUUAAUUACAUCUGUGUUUCAUAGAAUUACUUUUUUAAUGAAUUUGUUAACUGACAGUGCUUUCAUGUACAUACUGUAGGUAAUUCUUGUUACUUGUAAGCUUAGACCACCACAAUGUUUGACUGAAGACUUGUUCAAAAUAUAUUCACAUUCCAGUAAAUCUAACUUGGCAAUACUUA